AUGUUGUGGGAUGUAAAAUAUCAUACUGGAGAAAAUUCUAUUAAGGAAAUUAUAGAAAAAUCUAAAAAAAUAAAUAAGAGAAUUGAGGGAGAAGAAAUUAUUAUUGGUGAUAUUAUUUAUUGGCGUAAAAGAUUUCCAGAUCAUAAGAUUAAAUAUUUAAAUGAUUAUCCGAAUGUGAACCAAUUAUUUAUAUAUAGAAAAGAUAAAAAAAGAACCAAUGAAAUUUUAGAUGAAGUAUCUUCUAAAAAAAAUAGAACUAAAACAUAUCCAUAUUCAAAAACUCUCAAAGUAAAAAUGUCUAACAUCACUUUACAUGAAGAAUUAUACGAUGCUCAAUUUGAUUUAAGAGAAGAAAGAAGAAUUCAUCAAAAUCAAAGAAUUAUCGAAGAAAAGGAUAUUAUUAUUCAAGAUACUGUCAAUCAAUAUGAAAAGAUUGGUGAAAAUACUGUUAGACAUAUUAUUAGUGAUAUUAAUAAUUCUGUUAAUGAAAGUAAUAGAUUUAAUAAAUGUGAAUCUAGUAAUAGCAGUUAUAGUAGUUAUGAUGAAUACAAGGAUUUAAUGCAAGAUAUUAAUGAAAUGACUCAAAAUAGUGAAAGAGAAGAUAAAGAAUAUUUAGAAGUGAUUAAAAUUUUGAGAAAUAUUCAAAAAGACCAAGCUUCUCAAAUUGAAGAAAUUAAAGGCAAAAUGCCUAUCAAUAGAAAAAAUGUUAAUUAUGAACAUAUUUCUGAAUGA